AAGCGCCAUACAUUUACAAAGUUUUUCUACUGUAACGUUUUGGAGUCUUACCAAAUGAACACAAGUGCCUUUGAAUUAAUUAUUUAAACACAUACUGGACAAAUGGGGUAACCAACCCGUCUUCUGGAAAGCUACUGAGUGUGCUGGUUUUUACGCUAGCCCUACCCGAACUCACUGGAUUUAGCCAAUCCUGACCUCAAGUCAAGAUGGAUGACAUCAACCAACACUACAGGUUCCUGAACUGGCGGAGGAGGAUCAGAGACGUGCGUGCUGUACGCUUUCAGGAGCGCUACAAAAGAAUGCUGAAGAAUGGAGACACACUCAGCUAUCAAGGGAACUCUGAUGAGGUUGGCUGCUAUGUGGCUCCCAGUCCCUUAUCAAAGGGAAACUGCUACUUUGAGGUGACCAUAAUGGACACAGGGGUGAGAGGGACGAUAGCAGUAGGCCUGGUGCCACAGUUCUACAAGCUGGACCAUCAGCCAGGCUGGCUGCCACAGUCUGUAGCCUACCACGCUGAUGACGGCAAGCUGUACGAUGGAAACCCUGUGGGCCAGCAGUUUGGGCCCAAAUGCAACCGUGGUGACAGGAUUGGCUGUGGAAUAUACUGUGAUACCAUCGAGGCUGGGUUGACCACAGUCUUUUUCACCAAGAAUGGCAAAGAGGUGGGCUCGUUGGUGUUCCCGGUAGCGGCAGAGGGCCUGUUCCCAGCCAUCGGGAUGCACUCUUUGGGAGAGGAAGUGAGGCUGGACCUCCAGGCAGAGUGGGACAUGGAGGAGGCGGACAGCGUCAUGAUGGUGGACAGCCACGAGGACGACUGGGGACGUCUCUACGACAUCAGGGUCACUGGCACGCAGCUCCUGGAGUACGUCGGGAAGGGGAAGAGCAUCCUGGACGUGGGUCUGGCCCAGGCCAGGCAGCCCCUCAGCACACGCUGCCACUACUUUGAGGUGGAGAUAGUGGACGCUGGAGAGAAGUGCUACAUCGCCCUGGGCCUGGCCAGAAGGGACUACCCCAAGAACAGACACCCAGGCUGGAGCCAAGGCUCAGUGGCUUAUCACGCAGAUGAUGGGAAGAUCUUCCAUGGUAGUGGGGUUGGGGAGCCGUUUGGUCCUCGCUGUAUCGAGGGUGACAUCAUGGGCUGUGGCAUCAUGUUCCCACGGGACUACAUAUUGGAUGGUGAAGAUGACAUAGAUGAGUGGGACCCAUUGGAGGUGCUGCCGAGGCAGGGCGAGGGGCGCAUCCAGAACGUUCUGUACCUGAAUGAUGAUGAGGAGGAGGAGGAGGAAGAGGGGGACGAACUGGACCAGGAGCAUGACGGCAGGAAGGUCAUGGUGUUCUUCACACGGAACGGGAAGCUGAUGGGUCGCCGUGAGGUGGUGGUGCCCCCAGGGGGAUUCUACCCCACCGUGGGGAUGCUGAGCAGCGGAGAAAAGGUCAAGGUGGACCUGCACCCCCUCAGUGGAUGAACCUGACCAACCUGCAUCCUCUUAGUGGAUAAGAUGAGUCCAGAAACCGAACACUGCACCCUGUCAUCGCCUGACCAGUGACCACAUCAAGCCUUACUGGGGAUCAGCGUAGUGAAACUAGGGCAGGGAUUCAUUCCAUGGCAUUCUAUAACUGACUUUUAAAGGAAUUUUAUGCUUGAGCGUUUACCAUUUAUUUGAUCUCUGCAAACGUCUGGGAAAAUGCUGUUAAAAGGCAUAUUGUGGGCUGUAUAGGGUGCUGCCCUGUAACACAACUUGAAUAGAAUCCCAGCCUUAGUCACAACCAUCAGGUCUACUGUAGCAAAAAAUAUAUAUAUAUACACUGGUGCAGUGAUAUGUGUUGUUUUACAGGGUCAGCAAUAGUAGUUUGGCAAAUUAGGGUAAAGUGCCUUGCUCAAGGGAACAUCGAUUUUUUUUUUCUCUCACAUUGUUGUCUUGGGUAUUCGAACCAGCGACUACUAAAACUACCAUCAGGACUCACUGUGGCAAAACUACCAUCAGGAUUCACUGUGGCAAAACUACCAUCAGGACUGACUGUGGCAAAACUACCAUCAGGACUGACUGUGGCAAGACUACCAUCAGGACUGACUGUGGCAAAACUACCAUCAGGACUCACUGUGGCAAAACUACCAUCAAGACUCACUGUGGCAAAACUACCAUCAGGAUUCACUGUGGCUAAACUACCAUCAGGACUGACUGUGGCAAAACUACCAUCAGGACUCACUGUGGCAAAACUACCAUCAGGACUCACUGUGGCAAAACUACCAUCAGGACUCACUGUGGCAAAACUACCAUCAGGACUCACUGUGGCAAAACUACCAUCAGGACUCACUGUGGCAAAACUACCAUCAGGACUCACUGUGGCUAAACUACCAUCAGGACUCACUGUGGCAAAACUACCAUCAGGAUUCACUGUGGCUAAACUACCAUCAGGACUGACUGUGGCAAAACUACCAUCAGGACUGACUGUGGCAAAACUACCAUCAGGACUGACUGUGGCAAAACUACCAUCAGGACUCACUGUGGCAAAACUACCAUCAGGACUCACUGUGGCAAAACUACCAUCAGGACUCACUGUGGCAAAACUACCAUCAGGACUCACUGUGGCAAAACUACCAUCAGGACUCACUGUGGCAAAACUACCAUCAGGACUCACUGUGGCAAAACUACCAUCAGGACUCACUGUGGCAAAACUACCAUCAGGACUCACUGUGGAAAAACUACCAUCAGGACUCACUGUGGCAAAACUACCAUCAGGACUCACUGUGGCAAAACUACCAUCAGGACUCACUGUGGCAAAACUACCAUCAGGACUCACUGUGGCAAAACUACCAUCAGGACUCACUGUGGCAAAACUACCAUCAGGACUCACUGUGGCAAAACUACCAUCAGGACUCACUGUGGCAAAACUACCAUCAGGACUCACUGUGGAAAAACUACCAUCAGGACUCACUGUGGCAAAACUAAAGGCUUAGCCUAAGACAGAGUUGUUGGAUAAUUCUGUGCAAUUUGUUUUAUCAUUUUUCAUCAAGCCACAUUUUUUCCCCUGUCAAAGCAAAUAGUCAGUCCUGCCUGAUCCUGGGCUCUAAAACAGCGGAGCCCCUAAAAUGUCUCUCAUGAGGUCUACUGGCACACUUUGUUUAUUUCAUUUGUCAUGGCCCCAAACAUAGCAAUGCAUGUCCAACAGAGUCCAAGAGCCUGCUGGCAGUUCAUGUUAUAGGCACUAGUGAGUGAGUAGUGCUCUCCUAUCCCUUAUAUAGUGCACCACUUUUGACUAGUGCCCUAUUUGCCCUGGACAAAAAUAAUGCACUAUAUAGGGAAUAUGGUGACAUUUGGGACGCCGGUAGAUUCUGUGUGUGAUUGAGUGAGUAGUGCCCUCCUGUGAGUGCUCACUAACCUGCCUCCUGGAGCUGAGCUGAGCUUGCUAGGCCCCAGAUCUGCUAGUGCUUUAUAGCCAACUCUUAUGGUCAUUGUCAUGCCAAACAUGUAUACACAGAUUUGGGACCAGGCUAGAGCUGGGCUAGGUGGGAGUAAAAAUGAUAUUCUCCAUAUCACAUGGAUGGCAUCCUGGUAUCAAGUAACCCUUUAUCGAAGACUGGAGGUUAUGUAAAUGUGUGAAUAUACACUACAUGGUAUGUGGACAAAAGUAUAUGGACAGCCGUUCAAAUGAGUGGAUUUGACUAUUUCAGCCAGAACCGUUGCUGACAGGUGUAUACAAUCGAGCCAGCUUCCAACUUUGUGGCAACCGUUUGGGGAAGGCCCUUUCCUGUUUCAGCAUGUCAAUGCCCCCGUGUACAAAGCAAGGUCCAUACAGAAAUGGUUUGUCGAGAUCUGUGUGGAAGAACUUGACUGGCCUGCACAGAGCCCUGACCUCAAUCUCAUCGAACGCCUUUGGGAUGAAUUGGAACGCAUACUGCGAGCCAGGCCUAAUCGCCCAACAUCAGUACCCGACCUCACUAAUUCUCUUAUGGCUGAAUGGAAGCAAGUCCCCUCAGCAAAGUUCCAACAUCUAGUGGAAAGCCUUCCCAGAAGAGUGGAGGCUGUUAUAGCAGCAAAAGGGGGACCAUCUCCAUAUUAAUGCCAAUGAUUUUAGAAUGAGGUGUUCGACGAGCAGGUGUCCAUAUACCUUUGGCCAUGUAGUGUAUGUAUAAAUUCUAUAUCCUAUAUGUUUGACUGUAUAGAUUCAUAAUCUCCUAUAUAUUUUCCUAGAUUUCUCUCCACAUGGAAUUCUAUAACUGAAGACGUAAGAGAGAGACUGUUGGCUUUUUGUAAUAGGGGGGAUGGGUGGUGAGGGUUUAGUUAAAAAUCCUUAGUACUUUUUAAGUGGACUCUAUCCACUCCCAAUGUAAUUGGCGGUUACUUUUUGCAUAAUUAUAUGUUCCGAUUCAUUUUUCAUGAACAUAUCUUCAUUGCAAUCAAAGCAGAUUAACAUAUUUUGGUUGAGGAUAAUAGAUCAACUGCACACGAGAUUAUCAAUAUGUUGACAAUGUCUUCUGCAACAGUAUGCUUUUGUCACAAGCACGUUAGAAAUGGUUGAGUCGGGUGGUGUCUGUAGUACUCAGUAGAACCAGCAGAGUGCGAUCAGCAUCCUGUUCAGCCCAAUCUGAGAGGAAUGUUUGUUUGUAGUCCCAAAUGGCACCCUAUUCCCCACAUGGUGCACUAUUAUUAUUAUUUUACCAGGGCCCACUGGUCAAAAGUAGUGCACUAUGUAGGGAAUAGGGUGCCAUUUGAGACCGCGUGUCGAAAUGUAUACAGAGGAAGAGGCGGAGCUCUUGUCAUUUGUUCUUAAGGUUUACGAAACUUGUUCCGAUCUAUGCCAAAUGUUUAAGGUUUGGCAGCUUUUGUGAUUCUGAUCAAUCCGCCAUAUUGCAUUUCUAUUUGUAUGAUUUAAUUCGCCAUGAGAUGUUUCUGUGUGCAUCCCAAAUGAGGCACGUCCAGGUGACAGACAAUGUCCCAAAUGGCAACGUAUUCCCUAUAUAGCGCACUACUUUUAACCAGAGCACUAUAGUCCCUGGUCAAAAGUAGUGCACUAUAUAGGGAAUAGGGUGCCAUUUGGGACAUUGUCUGUCACCUGGACUUGCCUCAUUCCCUUGAUAUUGACACAAUCCCACACAGCAGCACCUCUGUAGUUAUGGUUCAGGCAUCAUGAAGACCAUAGACAUGCUUAUUCAUAGAUGACAUAUAAGCACCAGAAAGAAGCCUGUACUUGUAUCUCAAUUAGGGUUGCAAAAUUGUAACUUUCCAAUAAUUCUCAGGUUUUCCAGAAAUCGUGGUUGGAGGAUUCUGGAUUUCCUGCGUAUUCCCUCCUGAAUCUUCCAGACAGGAUUGAUGGAAAACCUGAAAUUAUCAACCAUGAUCUCAAUGUAAAUGUUAGCACCUUGCCUACUUCCAGGAAGGCUGUCUUACUAAUUAAUAUAUGCAUUAAAAGGUAGUUAUUUCCAUA